CGAAGCAGUGGGCAGCUAACAGUGGCAGGGGUGCUUCGGGAGCUCACACGAGCGCCAUGUGCAGACGCCUCUGAUAGUGCGUCUGAGCUCACCAUUUUUUUUCGCAACGGCUGCUCGCUCUGCUCCACGCGACGCCAUCCACACGACUGCCACCACCACCCACCGCUGUCCCACGACCUCCCAUGACGGCAACCCCCUCCGCGUCCCGCGUCUAAGUCAAGGUGCUGUACCCCGAUUGAGUGGCUUGGGAGCACAGCCUGCACAUUUUCUCCCCAUGAAGAGGUUAAGGUUGGAAAAAUGGUCCGGGCAACUGCUCACAGCUCGCCCGGCGGUCGCAUCACGAAGCCUCUCGUCACACCCUCGUGUGCAAUUUCCUAGACCGGACCAGCUUGCCUCUUCCCCACGAUGGCAGUCAACAGCUGCAGCAAGAGACAUCGAGGCCGAGAUCAGGCAGGGCCAACCGGUGCCGAGCCAGCCUAUAUCUUCUGACCAAUUCUCCAAAACUGCCACGGAUGAGGCGCCGCUGUGGCCUUCAAUAUCCGGUCAAGAACCCACGGGACCGGCGCCCUCUCCUCCACCUCAGGACGCCGCAAAAUCCGCAAAGCUGGCCGCCCUUCAUGCUCGGCUGUCCCUCUCCGACAGGAUCCCUAUCCAGACCCUCGCGCGCACCCUCGUCGACGCCUCCGCCGACCCAGCACCGCUGUUCAACAACUCCAACCUCGCCUACCUGGGCCAGACUCUCAUAAGCUACCAUACCUCCGAGCUGCUCAUGUGCCGAUUCCCCAGGCUACCAAUGCAGAUCCUGCAUGCGGCCAUGAAGGCCUACGGUGGCGACAAGACCCUCUUCCAUGUCGCACGGUCAUGGGGUGUUGAGAGCGCUGCCGCACCAGGCGCCGAGGUUGAUCCGGGCCUACUGCAGUUCUCGCUGGAGGCGGAGAGGACAUUCAACACCAAGUGGGGCUUGGCAAGAGCCGAGACUGUCUGGGGCCCAAACAAAAACCAGAGGUUCCGUAGGGGUAUCUCGAGCAGCGUGGUUUUUGACGACGACUUUGGCGACAUGUUUGUUGGAAUGAGGGAGGUCGAGCAUGACCACGACAACGAGGCCGAGCCGGAUCAAGAGGCCGAGUACGAUCUUCCAGUGGAGCGGCAGUUGACCCUCGGCGACCCGGACAAGAAGGUGGAGAGGUCACAUAACAUCCACGCGACAUUCGUGCGCGCUGUGGUGGGCGCCAUUUACACGUACUGCGGAAGAGAGUCCGCACGGUCGUUCAUCAAGGCGCACAUACUCUCGCGCCAUUUCGACCUGCAAAAGCUGUUCUCCUUCUCGCAACCCACAAGAGAGCUGUCCCGCCUCUGCGGGAGAGAGGAGUUUGACCCUCCCGUGGCAAGGCUACUGUCAGAGACCGGACGUCUUUCCAAGACGCCCGUGUUCGUGGUCGGCAUCUUCAGCGGGAAUGACAAGCUGGGAGAAGGCGCCGCCGCCAACCUGCACCAGGCCCGCCUCAAGGCUGCGAUGAACGCACUCAAGGCGUGGUACCUGUACAGCCCUGGCGAGGACGUGCGGGUGCCGAGUGACAUGCUGGUGGAGGGGGCCAAGCCGUGGGAACCGGUGUAUGUCGACAUUGGCGAGGUUGUAUAAGCUGGCCGUUCAGUGUGGUCGAGCCGAAGAAAAUAUAAGGCAAUAUUGAGCAGGUCGGGUUGGCAUCAGCGGCGCAUUAUAGACUCGGCGAGUGUACGAGAGCAACGAUGAUGACCAGAGGCCCUGGGGAUUGGCCCGGGCGUGUUCGUGGGCGCUCGCUCCUCACUCCCUCGGGAGUUGUAUAUUUUGUUUAAAAAAAAAUAAAAACGCCGAGAUCAAGGAAAAAAUUGCAGGAGAGCCCAAAUCGUCUAACCACCCGCAAGGUAGUCGUAUUCGGGACCUGCGCAACCCAGCUACUACAAUUGAACCUAUCAUAUAAUCUGUUGACAA